GCCUUCCUGUCUUGAAAUUAGGUUUGCGUAAACGUAUCACACACCCACCGAGCGAAAUUGGGCAAGAGCAUAUAGCUCAAAUUCGUCCGCCUCCGAUGCCUUCUUUUCCCUCACAUCACCACUAACGAGGGCAGUUCAUAGCGACAAGCAUGGCUGCAGCAGACGGUUUGCUCGGCGGAGACGCCGCCAUCACCCAGUUCGUGGCCACGAUCCCCUCGCGCUGCUCGUCUUGCAACGGCAGCGUGGCCGUGACCAAAGAGGCCCUUCUUCGCCUCUUCGACAACGGAGCAGACGAGCUCGCCGCCGUCUGCCCGUCCUGCAAGGCGGCGACGUGUCUGGGAUGCGGCCAGGCGGUCACAGCAACGAGCGAGAAGCUCGGCAAGAAGGCCAGCAAUGGCAUCCAGCUCACCUGGCACUGUGAGGCCGCACGCCUGGCGCUCACCUGGGCCUGUCUCACCGGCUACGACGCCCGUCUGGCCGCCACGAGGCAGAGCAACGCGUCUGCGAGCCUUACGCGUACCAACAAGCGAGGGAAGUACCGCGACGACGCGGGUGUGGGCUACAGCCUCGAUUCACACUAUGACGAUUACCCCUCUCUCACGGAAGCGCUGGAUGAGUACAUUGGGGCCCCAGUGGGUGUCGGGAUAUCCGGUCCGAUGAUCUACUCGCCAAUUGGCCCAAACGACUCAAACUUCGCACCUUCCUGGUUCUCUCACGCGACCUUUCCGAUUCUGGGUCAACCAGCGCCCGUUUCAUACCACAAGGCGGCAACUGAGGCGUCCACAGCCAACAAGUCCCACAAUCCCACGAACCUCACUUCGACAAGCUCUGCUGGUGCGAGUAUUGUCAGGUCGCCUUCCGCACCUCCGAGUAUAUCGGCCAAAGCGCAGCCGCACGCGUCAUCGGCUUCCAAAUAUCACCCAGGCCUGUCCUGGUUCGUUAACGAUCUUCCAGAGCCUUCCCUUUCUGAAUCCAAGAAGCCCGCCAUGCCAGCGAAAGAGCUGCCGACAUCUCACUCGGACGCGCCAUCUCCGAAGCCUUCAGGCCCCGAUACGCAGGAAAAGCCACAGAAGAAGAAAGGCUUCAAGGCCCCAUCGAAAUCCCCGGCGUUGUCCGAAUUCUCUACCAAUCCAUAUCAAUCCCUGGAUCCCUUUUACUACACGGACGCGUCAGCGGACUCCCCCGGUCCAGCGCUACCAUGGUCGCAGGUGUUCGCCUCAACCAAAUUUGACGCCACAACCUCAUACAGCGACGGUCCGCAUUCUCAGAAUGAGAUGCAGCAAACUUCUCAUACUCAGGAGGAACAUUACCCGUCGUUGACUGCGAAGUAUCCAUACGCACCGCCAAACGUCCACAUUCCACUCAAAACAGGAGGCGCGCAGACAGGCGUAAGCCAGCUCAAGAAGCUGGCAUUGACCGCGCCAUCUCUCGGGUACUCGCCUCUCGACUGCGAUGGCAUUGAAGGCAUUCAUUCCAAGGAUUACGCGUCGCUUCCCCCCGUCAACACGCCUUUGUUUCCCGCCGGCAAGCCGUCUGUGAACUCCCGCAAGCGACCGUCGCGUCCGCAGACUCCGGAGCGAGUGGACCCAGAAGACGCGCCGACCACAAAAGUGCUUACCGUCCUGAUCGCGCUUCUUCCCUCACGCGACGAACAGCCUGUUGCAACCGCCCUGGACCAGGCGCCACCAGGUGCACUCACCACGUUGCUUCGGUGCAGCACCGUCUUUGACAAAGUAGCUGAACUCCUUUACAACGGGUCACUCGAAGAUGCCGCAAAGAGGUCUGACCUCUACCACGCGCUGCUACACUUCGUGCGUUCACUCGCCUACGGUCCCGAUCGCAUUACCGACAUCCUGUACCAAGCCCGUGCUCUCGACAAGCUCGGACACGAUCUGUCCAGACUUUCUUUCGACGGUUCCACGCGUCUGCAGUUUGAACCCGACGACUACGGCAAGCCACUCAGCAUCUGCAUGUCGAGCUUGACAAAGCAGAGUGAGAUGCUCAGGAAGACCGCGGCAGCACACCCGAACGAGUUCCUCAACGAAGAGGCGCAAGGCAUACUUGCGAUUUGUGCAGACAUUGAGACUACCGCGGCGAUAGUGGCAAACCGCGCCGUUGACCUUGGAGCCCCAGCAAAAGCAUCGACUGAUACGCAGAACGAUCCUUAUGCGUGGCAGAAGGACGUUGCCGUGUUGGCGGUUCCCGACGAUGACAUCCUCGCCCAGCACACCUACGCAUCGGAUGCGCGCCAAGUCGUACACGCGGCAGUCGGUCGUAUGCGUCGCAUCAUCAACGAGAUCACCUGCCUCAAAGCCAACCUCCCGCCCAAUAUCUUCGUACGCUACGGCGAAUCAAGACCUGAUGUGCUGAAGGUGGUUAUCGUCGGCCCCGAAGGUACCCCGUACAAGAACGGCCUUUUCGAAUUCGACGUGCUGUGUCCGGUCGACUAUCCAGCAAGCCCGCCCAAGAUGCACCUCCGAACGACAGGCGGUGGCAGGGUCGGCUUCAACCCGAACCUCUAUCCGACCGGCUACGUGUGUUUGUCUCUGCUAGGGACAUGGUCGGGCGAGAAGUGGCAGCCGGGAAAGAGCACGAUGAUGCAGAUCUUUGUCAGCAUCCAGGCCAUGAUCUUCUGUGAGGAGCCGUGGUGCAAUGAGCCCGGACGCGAAGGAGAUGCAGGAUCGUCCCGGAGUCGGAGAUACAAUCGCAAUCUUCAUCGCGAUGUCAUCAGAUACGGAAUGCUCGAGUGGAUCGACGGCAAGACAACGCAGACGAGCCCGCGAGUGAAGUACGCUUUCUCGGAACACGCCUUGUCGGAGAUGGAUCUGGCCACCAGCACCCCGGACACGCUACGUAGAAUGCCUGCCCGGGAGAAGCCGAAGCAAAGCGCCCACGGAGUCGAAUUGUUCAAAGAGGUGGUGGCGAAGCAUUUUGAGACACACCGCGAGCAGAUCAUCAGAACGGUCAACGCGUGGGUUGCCGAUCAUAUCCGCCACCAGCAGGCUGCGGAGGAGGAUGCAGCGAGGCACUACCCGUUCUCCGAUCCCUUUGACUAUGACGAGGUUGGAUAUGCCCAGCUGUCAAAGAAGAAGAAACCGAAGAAGUCAAAGGCAGGUGGGGUGCAUAUGGCUCAGAGUGGUGCGCCUACGCUUGUGAUGACACCGGGCGUCACUCCUGCGACAUUCACUUACACCUAUGGUGACGCCAGCCGUACCCCCUGCGCCGGUGUAUGCCAAUUACAAAUACACAGAGGGAAAAGCAAAGGCAUCCACGACGGCAGCACCCACGGUUACAACAAAGGCACCUACGACAGCACCUACGUUUUCUGCUGCAAAAGCACCCGCGAAUACCCCAGCGCUGCCGCCGACAUUGGCUCCAGCGACUGA